CCCCUCGGGCCGCGCCUCCCUGCCCGCGUCCCGGUGCUGACGCCGCCGCCAUUUCGUGUGUGCUUGAGUACCCGCUGGCGGCGCCCGAUCCCGGCCUCGGCCUUCCGAGAUGGCGCCGCAGGUGCUGGGCAGGGCGCUGGUCACCGCCAAGUGGCUUUCGGAGGCCGUGCGGGCCGGGCGGGUAGGUCCGAGCUUGCGGGUGUUGGAUGCCUCCUGGUACCCGCCGCAGGAACGAAACGCCCGGCAGGAGUUCAAGGAGAGGCACAUCCCCGGAGCGUCUUUCUUCGACAUCGAGGAAUGCCGGGACCGGUCCUCCCCCUACGACUUCAUGCUGCCCAGCCCGUCCCAGUUCGCCGAGUACGUGGGGCGCCUGGGGGUCAGCAAUGACACUCAUGUGGUGGUGUACGACGGGGAUGAGCUGGGCACCUUCUACGCCCCCCGUGCCUGGUGGAUGUUCCGUGUUUUCGGGCACAAGGAGGUCUCUGUGCUGAACGGCGGCUUCAAGAACUGGGUGAAGGAAGGCCACCCUGUUACGGCAGAGGUCAGCCAGCCCACCCCGGCUGCCUUUAAGGCCAGGCUGAACACGAUCUUACUGAAGACCUUUGAGGAGAUGAUACAGAACGUGGGCACCCUGCAGUUCCAGGUGGUGGAUUCCCGCCCAGCGGGCCGGUUUCAGGGGACCGAGCUGGACCAAGGGCUGGAAUCUGGUCACAUACCUGGUGCUGUGAACAUACCCUUCCAGUCAUUCCUGACAGAAACCGGCCAUGAGAAGAGCAUCGAGGAGAUUCAACAAAUAUUCCGUGAGAAGCAAGUGGAUCUCUCCAAGCCCCUGGCAGCCACGUGCCGCAAAGGUGUCACAGCGUGUCACAUUGCCUUGGCAGCCUACCUGUGUGGCAAGCGGGACGUGGCUGUUUAUGAUGGCUCCUGGUCAGAGUGGUUCCACCGGGCCCCGCCUCGCUACAAGGUGUCUGAGGUGAAGCGCAACAGGGCCUAACGGGAGACUUGUUUCUUGGGUAGUGGGUCCUCAGCUGCCUCCAGCUCAGGGUGCAGAGAAAGGGAAGAGGUGGAAGUAAAGAAAAAACAUGUGAUACGUAUUUUGCUGGUUUUUUCUAAGAAUGAUCAGUAGAUUUCUGUCAAUCUUUUGCUUUCUCACGAUGAAUAAAAUCUAAGAUGACACACCUGUGAA